AUGUUUAGACAGUGUUGUGAGGAGUUCAAAUUUGCCAAACCCGUCAUCCAAAUUGAUGGAACACAUUUAUAUGGAAAGUACAAAGGAAAAUUGUUGGUGGCCACAACCCAAAAUGGUAAUAAUGAAUGUUUACCGAUUGCAUUUGCCAUCGUAGAAGGCGAAACUUUGGAAGCAUGGGAUUAUUUUCUCGUUAAUAUUCGUGCUCAUGUGACUACGAUGUCAAACAUAUGUUAUACUCCAGCAAUGGUUGAUUUUGAAAGGAAUCUUGCGAGUUUCCGUGAAAGUAGUCCUCAAAUUGCUGAGUGGAUUGAUGUGAUUCCUAAGGAAAAGUGGUCGCGUGCCUACGAUAUUGAAGGACGGAGGUACGGUCAUAUGACAACAAAUUUGGCUGAAUCUGUCAAUAGGGUUUUGAAGGGGGCCAGAAAUAUGCCUAUAACAGCAUUGGUUAAGCAUACAUAUAGCAGAUUGGUUGCAUAUUUUGUUGAGAGAGGAACAAAUGCUCUUGCACAACUUCAAUUAGCUCAUCGUCACUCCAAACAUGUUGUUGAAUUGGUCAAGAAGAACCAGGUAGAUGCAACAGGCCACCACGUUCGUGCAUACAAUGUUGAACAUACUGUAUUCGAGGUUGACGCAGGUUGGGAGCGUUCAUAUUCUGUCAACCUCCCACAGAGAUACUGUCAGUGUGGAAAGUUUAAGGCCUUUAAGUAUCCAUGUAGUCACGUCGUUGCUGCUGCGUUAAGUGUUAGGCAGAGUGCGUUCACUUACGUUGACGACGUCUUCUUGAUAACUAACUUGGUCGAGGCUUAUUCUUUUCCGUGGGAGCCAAUCAGAAACGAGGAAGCAAUACCUGAAAUUAAUGGUGCAAAGAUUAUUCCUGAAACGAGUAAGGAGUGA